GAGCCAAACACCGAUAUCAUCUAUAACAUAGGAACCAAUGCUUCUUUUUUUCAUUGAAUAUUUCUUAUGGCUUCUUCCGUUAAAAAUCAAUCGGAGAAACAUGAUUUUGGAACUUCCGCGACUUUCAAGAGUUAUAUUUCUACUACUGUCGGAUUUGUGACCAAGUCAGUGUCUUAUGAUCAUAACCAAUUGGCUCAAUCUUCUCCACAAGUUCAGCUUGACUCUUCAGAGGUACCUUCUGAUCCUAUCUUUGAUAUUACUGAUUUAGAUGAAAUUGAUAAUGGAAUUGAUUCUUGUUUGUGUGAGACCACCAAGACACCAAACACUAAGUCUACUACUGUUCAAUAUAUUCUUCCACCUCGUUCUAAUCGUGAUCACAAGUUAUAUAUCCCAUUAGUAAAUGUGUGUCAUCUCACAGGUUAUCCGAGUCAUAUGCAUCAUUUGUAUCUCAAUUAUCAUCAAUUUAUAUUCCUAGUAAUAUAUAGGAAGCUUUGGCAGAUCCUAGAUGGACCAAAAUAAUGGUUGAGGAGAUGACAAAACUUUAGAAAAAAAAAACACUUGGGAUCUUGUGUCCU